UGAGCUUGACAGUCAAUUUGACAGACAAAAUUAUACUGCAGCGGCGGCGUAUUAAAUUAUAAAUUGAUAUGCUUGCCCAUUUUUUAAUUAAUUAAUUUAAUUACCUAUGAACGCGUUUAUAUAUAUGGAAUUCUUCUAUUACGGAUGCACAUUCGUUAAUAACUUCUCUCUAAUAGCACUAACAAAAUAAGAUUAACAUGUCACCAACACGGGCAGCUGGUUUAGUUAUAUUCAGGCAUUCAAAUCAAUUGAUACAGUUUCUCCUUUUACAAACGUCAUAUGGUGAGCAUCAUUGGACACCCCCAAAAGGUCAUGUGGACCCAGGAGAAUCAGAUUGGGAUACUGCUUUAAGAGAAACACAGGAAGAGGCUGGUUUUACUCAAAAGGAUUUAGAGAUUGACAAAAAUAUAAAGAAGACACUGUCAUAUGAAGUAAAUGGAAAACCUAAAGAUGUAAUAUAUUGGUUAGCAAAGUUGAUAAAUCCCGAGACACCUGUCAAACUCUCUGACGAGCAUCAAGAUUUUAAGUGGCUGCCAUUGCAGGAAGCUCAAGAGUUGUCUGGAUAUGAUGAUAUGAAAAUUAUGUUGUCAGAAUUUUUUGAUGUUGCUUCAAAAGACAUUUAAAUAUCAAUACAUCAUACCUUGGUGGUUUAUUAUGUUGUUCAAUUCCUUGAUUGGAGUACCCAAUUCACAGAAUUUAGGGAGUAUUAUUACGCAUAUUUUUAUAUUAUAUAAAAAAUUCAAGCUUAAACUGCAUUUUUAAAAAUCUGCGUAUUCCGCUGCGUCUUGUACGCCUUUUAAUUUUAUGCCGCAUUCAUGUCAAUUGUUAUUUGUUGACUGCUUAAUACGCCGUCUACCCGGACACCGGUCACAUACAAUACACAAAGUCGUAAACCC